GAAACGCGAAGCCGGAUCCAUUACUCUUAUUACGAGUUAUCAUCUCCCUCGUUCGCCUUUGAACAUUAUCCUGUUGCGUCUUCGAGACCUCGUGGCUCUUGAAAAGGAGAAAUUCGAGCUAUUGGAAAAUUGAUUCGAUGUGAAAUCGAUGACUCAGAUUUUUGUGUUGCUGAUAAUUUGUCGAUGGUCAUUUCUUUGAUCAUCAAUUAACGUUUUCAAUGAUUCUUUCAGAGUUGAAACGACGAAAGUGAUAAAUCAUCGGUGAUUUGAGUAAUGAAAAGAAUGUGAAAGGAUUGUAUAAAGGUAUGCUUGGACAGAACGAGAACUUUAACAGGAUUUUUUCGUGGGGAUUUCGAAUUCAGUGAACGUCGAAGUGAUAUCGUAUUUAUUUUUGUCAUUUUCAUUCGUUCAUUUUGAAUGGCAGCAUCUACCGAGUCGGAGAACCAUGCGGUUAACGUUGAAAAACGAGUCUCGACGGUUCUCGAGAAUGUUUCCAUGAAUACUUGUACACCCAGCAACUUCCCAGACAAAUUUCAAGAUUUUUUUGCAGCUGUCACUGAGGAUAGCGACGAUUUGCCAAACAUGCUCGAAGACAAAUUAAUACCGAGGAAGCAGGAGGGUUCCGGUACCGAUACAAAGGCCAGAAAGUGGAGCAAAAGAGCUUUCCAAAGGCGAAGUAGCGAAAUCGAGGUACGAAUUCACCGUAGCUCCUUGUCCGGCACUCAAGGACAUGGAACGUUGGAUGGACCAAAAUCGCCAACGCAUCCUCGACGAAGAAGCUCUAGUAUAGCUGUUGCCAGACCUACACCUGACCUACACAGAUUUUUACAGGCGGAAGCGGGUCCUUGGGGACACCUCUCGCCAUCACCAAGGAGUCCAAACUUAACUCCCCCAGCUGUAAGUCCUGGAGUAGCCUCCAUAUCGUCCCAUCUCAGCCCAGGGGCAAGUCCUGGUGGUCCGAGUCCUACUAGUCCUGCCGGCUCAGUUGGACAGGGAACGGGAUCUCGUGCACCUGUGCCAAGGCAAUAUCGUGGUAGAACCAGUAGUAUGCCAGCAGUACCACGACAUAGGCCAAUGUUGGCAGAAACGAAACGAGGUGGUGCUUGUGGCGGUGGUGAAGACGGCGAAACCGAAGAUGUUGUCGAAUAUUACAGAUUACGAUCGUUCUCCAUUACAGCGAAUGGCGUUUUUAAUCUCGGCGAUUCAUUGAAGAGUCGUCGCAGCAAGAGCAUCAAUAGUGUCACCUCUUGUAGCACCAGUUGCAGCAGUACGAGAGAGGUUCGAUUACUUAGCUCGGCUUCGCAACUCUCUGGAAUAGAAACGGAGGAAGAGACGAGUAAUGAGCGAGUGGCUACUUACAAGGUUGGCAUGUUAGGUGCAUCCGGGGUUGGUAAAACCGCUUUAACGGCGCAAUUCACGACCAGCGAUUACAUUUGCGCUUACGAUGCUUCCUUAGAUGAAGAGUACGGUCAGAAAAGUGUUUCCGUUAUGCUCGACGGUCAAGAAACUGAAUUGGAAAUCAUUGAUCAUCCGACCUCGGAAAUGUCGGUCGAGUCUUUUUGUUCAACUUACAAUCCAGAUGUCUACGUGGUCGUCUACUCUGUAGUAGAUCAAAGGAGUUUGAAAGUGGCAGAGGAAACUUUACUUUAUCUAUGGAAUAGUGACUAUAUGGUAAAUCACGGUGUCAUCCUAGUCGGGAACAAGGUCGAUCUUGAAAGGAAACGGGAGGUUCACUCUGUGGUCGGCCGACGCUUAGCGAAUAGAUGGAACUGCAAAUUCAUCGAAACAUCAUCGGGAUUGGAUCACCAUGUCGAUGAACUCUUAGUUGGUAUCUUGGCGCAAAUCAAAUUAAAUCCUCAACGUGAUCGAAAUCAAGCUACGAGACAAAAAAAAAGUAAACAUCGUAGGAGAAUCUUAAAAAAUUUGCUCGGUUUCAAGCGGAAAACUAAAAGCUGCGAGAAUCUCUUCGUCCUUUAAGAAUCUCUUUACUUUAUUCUUAAAUGCCCAAAGACAGUAAGUCGAUGUAUAAAUUGCAUGAGAAGAUAUAAUAUAUAUUCAAUAAGUAGUAUCUUCAUUUUCAUCGAUCUUCGUGAAUAUCAUAAAAAUUAUUAACAUUAUCAACUAAUGUUUCUAGAAAUUCAAAAUAUUAAACACAAAUAUUUAUAAUUGUUUGACACCAAUUAUAACAAUUGAUACUAUUAUAACAAUAUUCUCAUGGAUCGAUUAAAAUAAGAUGUCUUGUGUAAAAAGUGAUCUGUACAAUUAUUGACCACUGCAUACUGCAUACACAUUCGAUAUGACCAAUCAGUCUGGCCGAUUUCCAAGUGGUAACUAAUAAAAGUACUGCUUCCUUUAUACUUCAUCGAAAAGAGGAAAUAUAUAUAUAAUUAUUUAUUAUAUAUGUAUAUAUAUAUAUAUAUAUAUAUAUAUAUAUAUAUAUACGUAUAUAUAUAUUUAUAUAUAUAUAGUCGUGCGAAUUGAUGAAUUGCUACGUAACAUUAUGUGUAAUUUCUCAAACACAUUCUGUAUUUAUUUUUAAUAUGACUACCAAUAAGAAUACGACAAUGUUGAAUAAUGAAGCAACGAAGAAAAAUGAUAGUUCAUUACGCAAUAAAUCAUCGAACUUAUUCCCGAUAAUAGAUUUCUUUCGUUGUGUCGAUAUUUCGACGAUAUUGUAAAACAUAAUAAACUAAAGAAACAGGAAUGACCGUAAAUCUUACCAUAUAUAUGUGCAUGGUAUGUUACCGAAAAAAAAGUCGAAAAGUUACUUUCAAUAUUAAAAAAUCUUCCAGAGAAGUACGUGAUAUCUGAAGAAGCGGUCCAAAAAUAAUAUACAACAAAUAAAAACACGUUAAAUAUGUAUAACGAUAGAUCGUACAAAGAUGUGAAUUGUGCCAAAGGCGUACCAAAAAUAAAGAGAAAAAAGAAAAAAAAAAGAAAAGAAACGUUUCUUAUCCGUUUCUUUCUAUUGCCGAGCCUAUUUUUUCUAUUUUGUUUAAACAAACAAAACUUCGUUAACGAACCAAUUUUCUGAUUUUGAUUAAAAAAAAUAAAAAAUAAAAAAAAUAAAAAACAAAGAAAGGUUUCGAAAUCAUCAUUAUUUUGAAAUAUCCACUGAAUGUACACAUUUGUAUAUGUAUGACAACACGCGCACGCGUAAAAGAAUGGCUCGAUAACUUGCUUUUCUCACAUUCCAUCCACACGAACCCAUGAUCUCGUUAUAAGAUUCUAUUUUCAAAUCGUCCGAACACUGAGAACUUACCUUCUAAAGUUCUUCGUUAUUCAUAAAUAAUACAGUUUGUAUGAUCGGAUACUAAUCGAUUACACUCCACGAAAUAAUAUUAAUGCGUACUUCUCAUUAAUAUAAGAUAAUUUUGCAUAAUAUAUUUUGCAUAAUAUAUAUUUAAUAUUAUAAUCAAUAUUGUCGUUAUUUUUAUUAUUAUU